UAAAGUGAUGAUGCUGGGAACAGGUGCAAGGACAAUGAUAAGGUGGAGUAACAUCGUGUAAUCAGUGCAGUGAUGUUGAAGAACUAGCAUAAUUUGACCUUCUCAAAGAGAGGCAAAUCAGGAAGAGCAAUCGGAGAGCGAAUGAAAAAAGAUACGGAUCUGGCCAACGGGGUUGCCAUUUGGUAACCCGUGGACAUUUGACAGGUUGCCAUAACACGUCGGAUCCACAAGUCGAUAAGCGUUACGUACCCCGACGCGUUGUUUGCUACUGGUUCUUUGUGUUUUUAGGCCUGUUUAAAGUAGGAUAUUUUAGUAGCAAGAGGCCUAAAAAAGGCACAACCAGCACAAGAUAUUGCUGCAGCGUAGCCGUUAACAAACAAGAAAAGCUUUCGGUGUCCAGUUUGCCUCCCCAAUUUCUUUUUCAAUUACUAUAUGAGAUAGGCACAUAAAACAAGAAUAAUACGUGAAACAAAUGGGUAUGUAGUUGUUAAUUAUUAUCAUUACUAUAAGUAAUAUGAUGACUAAGCACGGGCAAUCUUAUAUUUCUCCCUAGCUCAUGUCCCGCUAAGUCGAUUUGCUCAAUUUCGAUAAAAAUAAUAACAGUAUAAUGAUAGUCACUUGUAAAUGGAAACUAUCCACAAGAAGAAAAAGAUUCGAAAUAUCACAACAGGAAUAGAGUCGCAGAUGGAGGUCGGGCGCACCCCGUGUACAAGGACUGCCAUUAAUUGACUUCAAGUAAACACAAAUACUUGAAUAACGAGAAAGGUAUGGUAAAAGUUAGAAGCACUAAUUCAUGUUUCGGCAUUUUCUUUCGGCGUAUCCAUCUGUUACAAAUCGAUUUUCGACGCAGUGUAUGGAAGUGUGUGUAUAACGGGUGUCCUCAAUCGACAGGACCAUGGUAGAGCAUCAGAAAAUUCGAUCGAACUUACUGUCAUUGACCAUAAUGAAGUGGGAGCAUUACGAUGCUAAAGAACAACACAUUUUCUAUGCGAAGAAGGAUAAACGGCAGAUUCUGGCGUAUGUAGUUAACGCAACGUUUGAUGGAGACUCGUUGCCGCAUCAUGCGUGCCAUAUAUGUAGUUGAGACAAGCGUUUCGUGAUAUAGAAAUAAAGGAAUCUGAGGAGAUUUCCAAUGAUCAAAAGCUCUGAGGGUCGCUUCAGUAUGAUUCGUAUAAACGUUCUGAGCACGAGCGAUAACGACUUGCCCCCGUAGGGCACGUACAGCGUAUGCUAGAAGAUCCUAAUUCUUGAUGGACUAUGGUCACUAUUAUAACAAUUUUACUAUUACAAUCUCUGUCAUUUCCACCAAACGUAUUCCUCAAACAAGAUACAAUGGUAUCAGAUAGACGUUUUCUUGUGCCGAAACACUGUAGAUUUGUUUUGCACCAGUAUAUCUAGCUGAUGAACUUAUGCGGACAAUCAAGAGCUAUUCGCUUCGGCAGAAACCGCGGCAACGAUAUUUUUAUCGAUUGAACAGAUUGGAAGAGGCUGAAGAGGAUGGAAGUGCGAAUGCGUGUGUGGCUGAGGGAAAUGUCGAGAAACUUCAAGUUAGAAAAGUGUGUGGCCAAUAGCUCAUUGUGGAUAUUUGCGAGGUGCUUUGCUAUUAGUUAGGUGUGGGUCUGGGUGUGUAUACCAUCGUUAGUGUGCAAUGCGAAAUGGGCUUUCUUAAACUAAACUGAGGUCUAAUUAUUGACCCACAAGUCAAUCGUAGUUAGUUGUGGUGUUUGAUUUGUGUUUUUAGUUUCUGCAUAUAUUAUUUGGUUAAAUGAGACAAUGUAUUAUCGUUACCAAUUAGUCUUGUUACAUGCAAGGCCUAUUACAGUAUUUGAGGCAUUCCUAUUUCUGUGGUUAUAAUGAUAUGAGAUAUUAACAGUAUUUCGUUUAGGUUGACGGUCAUUAACGUUUUGGUUUUUUUUUUUUUUGUAUAUUAUUUUUACAUAGUAGGCGGCUAAACAUCUGAGGGGCGUUGGGACUUAACGACAGUUGUCCUAAAGAAUACGGCUGUACGUCAUGGUCCGCGUAACAAAUGAUGACGAUGAUGAUAAAACGAUAGCAUCAACCGGCUUUUCCAGUACUUCAAGCAGCUGUUCGGCAUUGCUCUGUUUCUGGAGUUUCGCUACUUGAAGUGCUGUCUUCUAACUGGAAUAAUGUAUUCUUCUAGAUAGAGAAUAUUUAUAUGUGUGAAAAGAGAAACACUGUUUAUGUGUAAUAAACAGUAGAUAAAAGUGCUAACUGAUCAUUGAUUCAUACCACUGUAGUUAUUGGAGUCUGUCAUUACCUUUCUUACGGCGCUUUUCUGCUGUUAGUCGGUAUCGACGAAAGUAAUGGCAGCUACACAAAAUCACGACGGACCCAGAAUAUGGCACAAUGAGAUGGUCCUGUACAGAUCAUUAAUUCAACAGCUGGGUUACAUACUAGAUAGAGGACGACGAACGGAUGUUAGGUUUUGUUUGUCUGUCCGUCAUUGACAAGAAAAAGAAUUCAAAAUUGUCGUCAGGAUGUCAAAACAAAUUGGAGGAUAAACAUACAAAGAGCAACCAAUGCUAGCCCGUUUUAGAGUAGUUACGGCGAGUGUACAUGCGCAUAGAACAGAUUGUAUAUGGUCGUCGUUCAUAACAUAGCUAUGAAAGUAUUUCAAUUGUAUGUUGGCAUUACGGUGUUUCAAAGGUGACCAAUGAACAAUUUGGUGGUUGAUAGUAUACAUGAUCGAUCGCUGCUCCAAAAGGUGAUACGGAUCAUACUAAAGAAUGCCGAAAGACGAAUAUACAGAAAGAUACCAUAAUAAAUAUUUUUCUUUGCGGAAAAAAUAAUUGAUCGGCAAUUUUCUAUCAUCAUAUGCCCUAGCUGCUAGAGGGGUAGGUUUUUCGUUAUGGGGGCAUUGAAGGGUGUCAAGUUGCCACAUGCCGUUCUGAAUCCUUUGCACUGUUAUCGUUACGUGGGUGCCAGUCUUGGAUGCACGUUCGACUUCUCUAUAUUGGUUUAGAUAAGAUGUCUGACCAUUGUUACGUCGUGUCUGCCAGUAAGAAAUUGUGGUGAAAAUGAUGCAUUUUCCUGUGUUGUGAAUGUUUUCCGUUGCAGUAACUGUGUCGUGCUGUUUCCAACGCUUUGCUGCAACGUACGCUUAGGCUCUUCUAUGAUAAGGCACAAGCAGUCGAUGGAGCGGCAACGCUGAACUGGCCAAGAGAGAUACCAGCUGUCCUAGUUAUACUUUGCCUUAUGCCAUCCACCUAACUCCUGCUUGCGUAAUAGCAGCCCUUCAUGAAGAGCCCAACCUUUUCCUAUUAUCAGUGUCCCAUGCUUGCAUAACCGAUCAUCCCUAAUACGAUUCGACUGUUAGCGUAUUUUUUCGUGUGCGCAUGCAGCCUUCAUCCAAUAGGUAGGAUUAACCGAAAUUGAGCGAAGUUAAUCGCCUGCGUUAAGUUUGUUUGCAAAUCUCGUUCUGCCUUUCGCCGUAUGUGCAUCCGUGUGUGUGUUCUCUUUGUAUGUUGUGCCGCGUUGUCACUUUCAGGUAUGGACUCAACAGGCCAAGCUGAAUACCCCUGCAGGUACGCCGCCGACACUUUCGAUGCUACAUUGCAGUACCAUAAAGCUGCUAAUUCGAGAAGCGUAGACGUUGGCGGUGCAGCCGAAGGGGAUAGUGCAUGUCCUGGCACACUUACCGGGACUUCAUCGAUCACCGGUGAUUUCGAGAUGCUCAAACUAGGCUUAUGGCAGCACCUGCAGCGGUCUACUCUUUGGAGUCUUUCACAAAAGUUUUCAGCGGAACUGGCUGCACUUGCAACUGCAACGUCAUCAUCAGCAUCGUCGUCGUCGUCGUCAUCCGCAAAUCCGCUGUCGAAAACGUUUCCUUCGUCCUUGUCAGAGUUUCUAGCAGCAGGAUCUGCCGCUAGUGGCUUCACCUCAAUUACUCCGUUGUUGUCGGAUGUGACUUUGCCAUUUUCAGCGCCUACCGUUGGAUGUGAGUCCGGUCCGUUUGAUCUGGCAACAUCAAACUCAUUUGGCAUAACGAGUCCGCAGUUUGAGCCCGCCGCCUUUCUUGGCAAUUCUGGAGUCUUAUCAUCGACUCCGAGUUCGAAUAGCGGCACUCUCGUACAGCGCGAUCUGGAUUCAGUAGGAGCUACCGAUUUGAGCACGGGCGGUAGCAACAGCAAUAGUCAGUCCAGUGUCCGCUCAUCCUUUGUGUCAGCAUCAACAAACAAAUCCGCUGCAAAUGCCCCCGAUAGAACCCGUCCCUCUACGGUGGACGGCACCACCUCUGCGGCGGCAGGUGUUGGAACCGGGUCGUCGACUGCCUCGAGCACACCUGGCGGUGGAAACGUUUCAAUGAGUCUCACGUGCUACAAUUGCGGCCUCGGACCGACGACGCGCAAGAAUUUAGCGCGUCACAUUCGCUCGUGCCUCGGUUAUCGGCCGUACCACUGUCCGCUUUGUCCUUACGCCGCAUCACGGCGAGAUAACCUUCGGCGACACCUCGCAAUCCACAAGGAUAUGCCGCUUCUCGAAACGGCGGCUGCGCUUGCCGGAAACGCUAUGCGUGGCACCAGCGAAGAGACCAACCCACAAUAGCAUCAGCAAUAGGACGAAGUCUGCCGCGCACGCUGUCGCUACCUCGACAAGAGCAGUGUAGGGUACUGAUAUAUUGCCCGUUACCCAGCGCGAAUACGAAUAAAAGUAGCAACGUGAGACAGUCUGAUAACGAUCAUAGGCGAUACCUAAGCUCUGGCUGUAAUGAACGAGGACGCACACGAUGACAGAUGUGAGAAACAAAGUGAUGUCUUUAUACUGCGAAAUGAUUGAUGGCAGGAAUACACAACUUCCAGGAGCAGUUUUCGAUACUAUAAGACCGGCCGAUGGCUGUAUGUCUGGCUACGAGAAUGAUACCAAUACAUAUAGAGGAAAAAGUCUGUGUUAAAAGGGAUUUAUUAGAAACGGGAUUCCUUUUGAUCUCUUACGGCGUUUCCGACCGCUCACUAGUCAGCAACAAAGUUAAAAGUGAUAUUUACCCACUGAAGCUCAACCCCGUGAAACUGAAAUGAAUAAAUGUAUUUAUAAUGUAAUUGAUGUCGAAAAAAAGCGCGUAUAUCGUGUUUUUAUUUAUAAGAGGUAGAUAAAUUUUAGCAGAGACAAAUCCUGUUCCGGAUUACAGGAUCGUUCAUGUAGUCUGGCAAUGUUUUGAAUUCGAUUAUACAUUUACGGUUAGACCGUGAACGAACAGCUUCUGACAGGUAUCUUCUUUGUUUCAGACACGUCCGCUAAUCACAGAUCAUCCUUGUUCCUGUUAACGCCGAUCGUCGAUUUACUUUGUAUCACUCAGUUAUCUGUUCACCUGAUUUGUUCCCACUUUUCGUCCCGCUGCCUCCGUACGCAUGAAUCGUCACCCCAUAAUUAGUACUAUUGCCUAUAAACUAAUCAACAAUCGAAUAUGAAUCCCGCUUUGCCUGACCAACAUCUGCUUCAGUACACCUGUACAACGUAUUCCCACCGAUAUACUGCAAAGGCUGCAAAGAUCUGCUUAGAUGUUGAUGUCCGCAGUUACUGAAGGUCGUCUGCUACACAUAGAAUAACUAUUACUGUGAUUUACCGUUUCUAUGUGUUUGGCGCUCCCAUUGAAAGUGUUUAAUAUGCUUCUCCUAUGUUUACAGGCUACUUGUUCUUUUGCCAACUACGCUUUAAUAUAUUUGAUGGAUAAUAAAACUAUUUUGUUGAUUUUGGUGUUUGUUUGUUGCUGUUAUUGUUUUAAUGUAUUACUAUGUACUGCAUGUGUGCUUGUUUUUUUUUACCUUAAAUAUCUUUUCCUUCUCUUAACUUGCUCUAUUCGCAUUUUUUAGUUCAAAGUAUUUAGUAAUGUCUAUGAUAUAAUCGUAUAACAGAUUUUUGUUGGCCUUUUAUUGUCAAAACCAAACUACAUCCAGAAUUGGUCCUGAAGUGUCUCAUGAAUGUCUGAUUCUGUGUGGGCCUAUUGUUUUCGAUGCACUUGCAUUUUACCGCACAUAUCGAAAUUUGCGAGGCACUUGAUCCCACAAACGGAAUUAAACAUUCUGGUUUUGUCCUUCUAUUUAUAAUUUCAACGGCAUGAUUUAUUUCUUAGCUCAGUCACUAUUUGCUGCUACCGCUCACCGCUAUAACGAUAACACCGCCACCCUUCCCUCCUGCCCCACACACCUCCGAUUGUACUAUAUGGCUCUAGCAUGCCUAUGUAUGCGGCAUGGUCCUUCCGCUUUUUGCAUUCCCACCUCAGCACUCUCAAGCACGAAAGCGCACUAACCGAAGAUAUUAUCCGCUUUGUUUUCAUGAACCUGUGGUCACCCUGUUGCACUGUUACUUCGAUAAUCUCUUCGGAUGUUAUCGUUGUCACUAAUCGUUAUCGGGUGGGCCGUUCUUCCUCCCUCGGUGUACGCUGUCCCCGUGAUGAUAUCGUGAAUUUUGUGUGCGAAUCUCACUUCAGC